AUGUACGGUCGAGAGUGGAGGCCGGUUGACUAAGCCAGCCCUCAGCAUGCGGCUCCAGAUGGUCCCGGGACAUAUACCGGUCGCGAUGGGAGGAGGCAUGCUGGGGUAGCUAUGUCGCUUAGUUAGCUACUGAACAUUCAGUCACCUAACUUUCCCUAGGCGAGACAUCUUAAGCCUCUUCGAUGAAUUUUUGCCUUAUAUUAUUUUAUUCUGUCAUAGUGUACGUUUUAGAUGUAUGUGUACAUUUACACCAUAUUUUGUCAUUAGAGAGCUAUGCUCCGUUCUGCUCUAUGGCUGUGAGGAAGUCGUUCCUGACGGUGGACCAGCAGUUGGCCACCGCCCCUGGCCCCUCCCACUACACUCCAGAUCUGGAGGACCACGUGAAGGGAGGUGACUCUCUCAAGAGCAAGGCUGAGAGGUUCCGGGACAGGUUGUCGAGGACCCCAGGUCCAGGGACCUACUCUGUCUCCAAGAGAUCUGACUGGCUGAGGAAGACAUACCCUCCACCCUCACCUGGCGACCAGACGGCUCCCUCCAUCCCUACUCCCGGCCAGAGCUACGGAUACGAUGAGACCGGUGACGGGGAUUUAACCCCUCAGCCACUGCCUCCCCAGGACUCUACUAUGGGACCAGCCUACUACAAUGUCUCCCAUGAUGACACAGUCACUACCAAGAAGUACAGAGGAGUUCACUUUGGGAAUCAUAAUUCUCUCAGAACUCAGUUCAAAGACGGUGAUGUCUCUCCUCCUCCUUCUCAUCCUCCUCCACGAACUAAAGCAACUUCCUCAAAGAGCUUGCCUCGAUAUCACAUGAUCAUCACAAGACAAGAAGAGAAAAAAGCUGUGCCAGGACCUGGAAGGUACGAUAUAAGGUCUCAAUUCAGGACGGACCCAUCGGCGGAUGGGACGGGACAGAAUGAGGAUGAGAGGGAAGAAGAGACAGAGGACGCACCAUUUGGCUCGCGAGAAAAGGUGUCGUGUUUGAAACAAUUCACAUACAUACAGUACAUGUACACUUAUUGCCUGUUCAUUGAGGUUCAUAGACCCCAAGCACCACUCCCCGUCCUGCACCACCUACCAGGAGCCUCGCUCUGCGUUCUCUCGGGGAAGACUGGGACACGGGAAGGCUCCGUUUGGACAGACCUCACUUCGCUUCAGGAGAAACAGAAGAGACAGGGAAAUACCUGGUAUUUACCACAUAGCUACACAUAUGAUGCGGUUAAUUUUAUUGUGAGGGUGUCCCUGUAUUUUACAGUAAUUGCAAUAGGUGUCUAUGUUCUAUGUACAUCAUACAUAUUGUGUGUAUUUGGUGUUGGUGACCUGCAGGUCCAGGGGAUGUACAACAACAAUCACAUGACCUCGCUAGUUGUUGACCUCUCCCGGAGAUCUCAGUUUCAUGGGACAUACAAGUGCCCGUUUGGUAGCACGUCGGUGAGGACUGCCCCUCUAAUUAAGAAGGACGUCAUCCUUGGCCCUGGCCCCGCCCACUACCAGCCGUCUGAGUCGCAGACUGUCGAGCCGGGAGACGGUGGGCGGAGUCAGCAGCCGCGGGAGACUAAACCCAGCUACACCUUUGCCUCCACCACCAGUCGCCUCUACUCUCCUCCCUCCAUUGUCACUGUGAGAACAUGCACAACCACCAGCACCUGCCCAGCUAUAGUAACAUGCAGUAGAGUCAGCAUUCAAGAUCGAGCUCCAUCCAGGGUAACUAAGAGGUCAAUGAGAGGGGCGUUCCUGUCAUCAUCGUCUCGUUCCGCACCUCCGCGAGACAUCAUGCUGGAGGAGCCUGACGUCAUGAAUCCAGGUCCUGGUCAGUACGACUACCAGAAUCCCCUGGGAAGAGGCAAGCCUGGCCUCCUGUGUCAGAGAGAUCUCAGAUUUAAACCCAUCGGCAACAAAGUGCCUGGUCCUGGAGCUUACACUCUGAGUAAGGGAUACAAGGACACGGUUCUCCAGGGGACGUACAACGCCACCCUCGACAACCCCCUCACCUCCUCUUCCUCUUACCAACACGGUCCUGAGAGGACAACCAAGAAACAGACUCUAGUAGUUGAGACCUAGCAUGCAACAUUACCAACCUUCAUGCCAUUAUUAUUAUAUAAUUAUAUAUCAGCACUAUCUCACGGGAGUUUAGAGCGACAGGAUCACGUGACACUCGCUCCCGAGUGGGGGCCGUUUGCGUUCUGGAGUGAAAAUUCAAAACCGUACUACAUUUUCCAUAAUAUUAUAUAACACAAUCAUUUGCAACAUGGAAUUUAUAGCACAGGUGGUACUUUUGAUACACCCACGCAUUGUACUACAGAAAAUGUCACCAAAACAGAAGAAAGUCUUUAGGAAAUGAGGUUGAUGUAGGUGGUGUCACUGUCCAGAAAGAUUGAACAAUAUCUCCAU